AUGGCCAAUGAAGAUGAAGUUAAGGUUCUUGGCUUUUGGGCCAGCCCAUAUAGUCUCAGAGUGUUGAUUGGGCUUGAAGAAAAGGGCAUCAAAUAUGAGUAUGUGGAACAAAAUUUGGGGUCUAAGAGCUCCCUAUUGCUAGAAAUGAAUCCUGUCCAUAAGAAGGUCCCUGUUCUUAUUCAUAAUGGAAGGCCUGUGGUUGAGUCUAUCAUUAUAUUAGAAUAUAUUGAUGAGGUAUGGAGUAAUGGUUUGGCUUUCUUGUCAUCUGAUCUUUAUGAUCGAGCCAUGGCUCGAUUUUGGGUAGAUUUUAUAGAUAAAAAGCUUAUUAUUCCAGGGUUGUGCAUAAUAAAAAGUAAAGCAGAAGAACAAGAAGAAGGAAAGCGACAAGUUAUAGCAAGUUUAGCAAUAUUAGAAGAAACUCUCAAAGGAAAAGAUUAUUUUGGAGGAAACAAUUUUGGGAUAGUAGAUAUUACAUUUGCACCAUUGAUAUGUUGGUUCCAUACAUAUGAAAUUCUUGGAGAUUUUAAGAUUACAUUUGAGAAUAAUUUUCCAAGCAUUUUUUUCUGGAUGAAGAAAUGUAUGGAGAGGGAGAGUAUCAAGAAAUUACUUCCACAACAAGAAAAAGUGCUACGAAUGGUAAUGCGAUUCACAAAGCGUUCUUCUGUUUCAGAAGCUUAGUUCCACUUUUUACUUUUUAGUGUCAAUAUUUUGUCUCUGGAUUUUAUGGGAAUCAUGGUCAGUGCAAGAUCAUGGGGUCCA